AUGGCCGCCGGCGACGUGCUCAUGGCCAGCGGCGACCUAGGGUCUGAGGAGGAAGUCGACGAGAGUGGCUGCUUAGAGCCGCUCUUCUACGACGAGGCGGCGGUGGUGGCCGAAGUGACGGCAAAGGCGGAGAGGCGGCGGCGGGAGGCCGAGGAGAAGGCGGCGGAGCAUGCGAGGAACUUGGAGGAGUGGACGUGGAGAAAUGCAGCGCAUCAGGCUGUCCUCGACAGGAUCAAAGAGUACGAUCCCGAGACUGGGGAGGUCUGCUACACCCGAUUCUACCACAAGGAUUUCUCCAGUUUCGACAUCGACGAGGAGUCGCCUCUGCCUGCGAUGCGACACACUCACAGUACUGCAACCACAUACACCAACCCACUUGGAGAACAGUUUUACCGCCUGUUUGAAUCAGCAAAUAUCCUCUCAGUUAAGAUAGCCGCUUCAGAUGUGUGCUUUCCGUUACAAGUGUAUGGUACUGUGAUUGCCAGAGAUUACCUUGAUUUCAAGUGUGUCUAUCUCUUCCGUCGCUGUCGAGAGGAUUUCCAAGUCAUCCACUCAGAGGAUGAAUCGUUGAUCUUGACUGGCCCAACUCGAGGACUUGUGUUAAUGGAUAACUUAUACUUGGAGGUAGAUCUUAAGGUCAGGGACAAAAAGGACAAAGACCAAGAACUUAGCAAGGGACUGUGUGUGAUUGAUGGUGUAAGAUUGGGAGGGUGGGAUUAUAGUCGUGUUGGAUGUAUCGACCUCAAAAGCAGGCUGAGCACCGUGGAUGUGAAAUUUGCAGUAGUUGUAUCUGCAGUGGAGGCUACCUUUGAAAUCAAGGUUAUGAAGGGAAAUUUCUUUGGAGAAAUCACAGCGUACACAUCUAGAAUUCAGGAUUGCCUUGUGUUACAUGAUAGCAGAGCAGGUGGUGUAACCUGUGAUGGUAGUGGAAUGAUCCAGCUGUGGCGUCGUGUUGUAUGUGUUAGCAAGAAGGAGAAGCUUCUGUUGAAGAUUGCUACUGCCUCUACUACCCAGACUGUUGAUUUUACUCCAGAUGUCAGCGGCGCAGUGAAAAAUGAAAUUACUUGUGGUGAUGUUACAAUGCACAUCAAGGUCAACUGGUCAAUAUUUGGCUGAAACUUUGUAGUGCCUAUGCCUAAUUGAGCCAUGUAAUGGCUGCUAAUGUGUGUCUUCUCAUAAAACUUAGUGUUUGUGUGUGCGAUGUUAUGGCAAAUUGAAUUAUGUAGAGGUUGCUAACGUGGAUGUUAACAUGAAACGAAGUUGGUCCUUGACCACUCUUAUCUUAUUGGAUUUGUGAUGUCA